CGCGGAGGCUCCGUGAUCCCGGGAUGGGCUCCGGGGCUUGGCUCCAGCUGCUCCUCACCCUCGGAGCUCUUUGGGGGAUCGGAGCCAAGGAAACUGUGCUGGGAAUUUUGGGAGAGGCGACGCUCCUGCGGAUCCCCCGCGAGCUGCAGGAACGCACCGAGCAAUUCGGGGAAGCCUCCUGGAAAAAAAUCAUAAAGGAGCCCCUGACGAAGAAAUUCCUGGUGAAGAUUUCCGGCAGGAAUCACUCGGAGUUCCAGCCAGAGCGGAUGCGCUUCCGCGAGCAGAACUUUUCCUUGGAAAUCCUCAACACCAGCCGGGAUGACCAGCGGCUCUACGAGUACAGCGUCAACAAGGGGUCGGAGGAGGAAGUCUGGCAGAUCCAGCUGGAAGUGUUUGAGCCGGUGGCCAACCUCAGCAUCCGGAUCCUCCAUCGGGAAUCCUCCAACGGGAGCUGCUCGCUGGCGCUGAACUGCUCCUCGGAGAGGGGGGACAAUGUUUCCUACAGCUGGGACAGCCGGGACAACGGCACCGGGGGGAUCUGCUCCGGGAACGGCAGCGUCCUGCGCCUCUCGUUCCCCGUGAGGAGCGCGGCCUUCGGCUGCGUCUGCACCGCCCGCAACCCGGUCAGCAGCCGCCGCGCCGCCUUCGACGCGGCCCGCUGCGGCUCCGAGCAGAGGGGUGUCCCCAGGGUGAGGACAGAGCUCCUGGUGCCUCUGGUGGUGCUCGGUGUCAUCGUCAUCAUCGUCGUCAUCGUGGCCAUUGUCACCUCCAGGGCCACCCGCUCGGCCAAACGUGACCCAGACCCCUCCCAGGUCACCCCGGACCCCUCCCAGGUCACCCCAGCCAGCGCCACCAUCUACGCCCAGGUGCAGCGGGUGCAGAAGCCCAAAGGGACCGUCCCCAGCGCCACCGCCCUGUCCUGCACCACCAUCUACACCGCGGCCACCGGGCCACCCCCGGCCCCCGACGGAGCCCCCCGGUCCCCGGCCGGGUCCCCAACCCCGCGGGGACGCCCCCCGCUGUCCCAGGAGCCCACCACGGUUUACGCCAGCGUGACCCUUCCCGUGGCCUGA